CAAAUCAUCCAACAUUGUCGCCGCACCGUCUCCACAGUGAACACUACGCGCUCUGGUAGUGUCAAAACUUAAUAUUUAAUUGCAAUUAACUCGACUGGAAACACAAUGGCUUCCCGUUUCACGUCCUUGCUCGCGAUCGCUUGUGCGCUACUGCUGGUGGCCUCAACUUCUGUGUCCGGAGCUGCCAUCGAGAAUGCGGUGACCCCGCGCAUCCACAGCUCCGACGAGCUGAUCUCGACCAUUGUGGAUAAGUGCUUCCAUGCCAAUGCCAUGCAUUGCCUGAAGGAGAAGGUGCUCAGCUACCUGGACACGGUGGCCAACGUGGAGGAGGAGGUCAGCGGACGUGCCCUGAACGACGACGUCAUCGACAAGGUCAUUGUGGAUCGUCUGGGUCGCAUUCUGAACACCAACGAGAUGAGGUUGCAGCUGCCGCAGACCUUCUUCGCCGGCUCCGUGAUGACCUAUCGCUCGGACCGCGGUUUCGAUCUGGAGCUGCCCAAGGAGGAGGGUCGCGCUGAGAAGAAGAACAAGGACAAGCUGUUCCUGCCCUUGCUGCUGCUGAUGAAGUUCAAGCUGAAGGUGAUCAUGCCCAUCCUGCUGGCUCUCAUCGGUCUGAAGGCCACCAAGGCUCUGAUUCUGUCCAAGAUUGCCAUCAAGCUGGUGCUCGGUUUCCUGAUCUACAACCUCAUCCAGAAGUUGGGAGGCAUGAAGAUGAACAUGGUGCCCAUGCCCGCCCCAGUUCCGGCCAGUGAAUACGGAGUGCCCAGCACCACUGCCUCUUCCUACGAUCCCAGCAGCUGGGAGCCCAUGAGCGGAGGACCCUAUGCCCGUUGGGACUCGCAGAACCUGGCCUAUAGCUCCUACCAUCCCAGCAGCUCGUCGUCCUACUCCUCGGGAUCCUCGUCGGGAUCCUCGGGCUCUUCGUCCAGCUACAGCUCGUCCUCUUAAGUAGGGAAAAGCAAUCGCCCCAUUGUACAUACCAAGGAUAUGUGUGGUCCUUCCCAGGAGGGAUCACUGCGAGUCACACAGACCAAAUGGAACCGGAACCUGCCCAGGCCAUAAUUGUAGUCGUUAAGGGUUAAGCACGCGAGAGUUUUAGCCAUUCUUCAGCUGUAACCACACCCCACUUAGCCUGAUUUUCCCCUCUUCAUACCAUCUUCUUCCUCAUUGCCUCUUUUUCUUUUUGCCUUCGUCAUUUCGUCACAAAUCGAUCAAAAUCACACUGAAUUGAAUUAAUAUUUAUUUAAUUUAUUAAAAAUGCAAAACUUGAAAACAUCAAAAAA